AUGAAUUGGGGUCGCCUACGUGCAUCUCUCUCUUUGAGACGGUUUUAUUCCAAGUUUACUAUUGUUGAUCACUCUUAUGAUGCUGUUGUCGUUGGUGCUGGCGGUGCUGGACUUAGAGCCGCAUUUGGACUUGCCCAGGCUGGGUUUAACGUCGCCUGCGUUUCAAAACUCUUUCCAACCCGUUCACACACCGUUGCUGCACAGGGAGGCGUCAAUGCCGCGCUUGGAAACAUGGGCCCGGAUGAUUGGCGUUGGCAUAUGUACGAUACUGUGAAAGGCUCCGAUUGGCUUGGAGAUCAAGACGCCAUCCAUUACAUGUGUAAAGAAGCGCCUCGUACCGUUAUCGAGCUCGAGCAUUAUGGCGUUCCGUUUUCGAGGACACCUUCCGGGACAAUAUAUCAACGCGCUUUUGGGGGGCAGUCUUUGAACUAUGGAAAGGGCGGUCAGGCCUACCGCUGUGCUGCCGUUGCUGACCGCACUGGGCAUUCAAUUCUUCAUACGCUUUAUGGCCAAGCUCUUCGUCAUAAGACAAAAUUUUUUGUCGAGUACUUUGUCCUUGACUUAAUUAUGGACGAAGAUGGCUCAUGUCGUGGUGUCAUUGCCCUAAGCAUGGAGGAUGGCACCAUUCACCGCUUUUUCUCCUCUUCUGUUGUUUUGGCAACCGGAGGAUAUGGGAGGGCCUAUUUCUCUUGUACUUCCGCCCACACGUGUACUGGAGAUGGAACCGCAAUGGUUUCCAGAGCUGGGCUACCGCUGCAAGAUUUGGAGUUUGUUCAGUUUCACCCGACAGGCAUAUAUGGUUCAGGAUGUCUUAUCACUGAGGGGUGCAGAGGGGAAGGUGGAUUCCUUUUGAAUGCAAACGGUGAACCUUUCAUGGCUAGAUAUGCGCCUACAGCCAAGGACCUUGCAUCGCGAGAUAUCGUUUCUCGAGCCAUGACUAUUGAGAUUGCGGAAGGCCGAGGAGUGGGUCCUGAAAAAGAUCACAUCCUGCUCCAACUGUCCCAUCUUCCUAGCGAAGUUCUAAAGGAGCGACUUCCUGGAAUUUCUGAAACGGCAGCCAUAUUUGCUGGUGUUGAUGUCACCAAGGAGCCCAUUCCCGUGUUGCCAACUGUCCAUUACAACAUGGGCGGAAUUCCGACGCGCUACACUGGGCAAGUUCUUACAGCGGAUAAGUCUACCGGUCUAUAUGCUGCCGGAGAGGCUGCGUGUGUCUCUGUGCAUGGGGCUAAUAGACUGGGAGCCAACUCAUUAUUGGAUAUUGUGGUCUUUGGCCGUGCCUGUGCUCAACAUAUCCAAGAGACAACGAAACCUGGAGCAUCAGUAAAGGUCGCUUCGGUCGAUGAUCCUUCGUCAAGCACAUUCAAGACCUUGCAGAAUUUAGAGAAUCUGCUUUCCUCGAAGGGCGAUCUUUCGACAGCCCAAAUUCGGCUUGCUAUGCAAAAAACUAUGCAAAAAUAUGCUGCGGUGUUCAGAACACAAGAAACCCUUGACCAAGGUUCAAAGGAAAUCCUUGAAGUUGCACAGCAGAACUCUGAAUUGAUCGAGAUGCUUGAGCUACAAAAUUUGAUGACCAAUGCAGUGCAGACAAUGUUUGCUGCGCGUGAGAGAAAAGAGUCUAGAGGCGCCCAUGCAAGAGAAGACUACAAAGAACGCGAUGACGAGCGAUUCCUCAAACAUACGCUCACAUGGCACGACGCAAGUCUCAGCGACGACAAGGCUGUGACCGUCAAGUACAGAGAUGUUGUCCAAACUACAUUGGACGAGGCCGAGUGCAAGAGCAUUCCGCUCGCCAAGCGCGUCUACUAA